AUGUGUGAUCAACAGUCCUCUGAGAAUGGAUGUAGGGAGAGAGUGCUGGACUCCUACUUCGAGCCGGCAGUGGAGGAGAGCGCUUUAAAAAGCCAUCUUGAUACCGCCUUUGAGCCCGAGUCCUGUGUUGACCUAACCAAGGAAGAAACAAGUGAUUCCAUUAGUUCUAAAUCCAGCACAUCUGAAAAUGUUCAGCAAGAAGAUGGCAGCAUGUUCUCUUUCAUUACCUGGAAUAUUGAUGGAUUGGACCUGAACAAUCUGCCAGAGAGGGCUCGAGGGGUGUGUUCCUAUUUAACUUUGUACAGCCCAGAUGUGGUAUUUCUACAGGAAGUUAUUCCCCCAUAUUCUACCUACCUAAAGAAGAAAGCAAGUAGUUAUGAGAUUAUUACAGGUCAUGAAGAAGGCUAUUUCACAGCUAUAAUGUUGAAGAAAUCGAGAUUGAAAUUUAAAAGCCAAGAGAUUAUUCCUUUUCCAAAUACAAAAAUGAUGAGAAGCCUUUUGUGUGUGCAUGUGAGUGUGUCAGGAAAUGAACUUUGCCUUAUGACUUCUCAUUUGGAGAGCACCAAAGGGCAUGCUAAGGAACGAAUGAAUCAGUUGAAAAUGGUUUUAAAGAAAAUGCAAGAGGUUCCAGAGUCCACUACAGUUAUAUUUGCAGGAGAUACGAAUUUAAGGGAUCACGAAGUUACCAAAUGUGGUGGUUUACCCAGCAACAUUUUGGAUGUCUGGGAGUUUUUGGGCAAACCUAAGCAUUGCCAGUAUACAUGGGAUACACAAAUGAACUCUACUCUUGGAAUAGCUGCUACUUGUAAGCUUCGUUUUGAUCGAAUAUUUUUUAGAGCAGCAGCAGAAGGUGGCCACAUUAUUCCCCGAAGUUUGGACCUCCUUGGGUUGGAAAAACUGGACUGUGGUAGAUUUCCUAGUGAUCACUGGGGUCUUCUGUGCAACUUAGAUGUAAUAUUGUGAACUGCUUUUCAAAUACGAGUUUUAAAUGUUCUGAGCAAUUUUGUUCUGUGUUUUUGCAAAUAUAAUUGCUACCUG